CGAUCGCAUGGUCGCUAACGCUACAGUUGAAAUGGCAAUGAUACAUGCAAAUACCUCGGUGUUUUAUGUGAAAAAGGGGAAAUCAAUGCGUACUUCGUACGCAAAUAUGCGUAUCAUACCCUGCCAACUCUCUUCCACGUUGCGCGACGAGACUUUCGGCUCUACAGUCAUCAGCAUUCGAUUAUGAGUAAACGGCGGGCGCAUCGAAAAUCGCGAGACGGAUGUGCUGAAUGUAAAAGGCGCCACAUCAAGUGUGACGAGGGCAAGCCUUCGUGUUCACAUUGCACACGUUACAAGAUGCAUUGCACUUAUCGCCAGAGUUCAACAAUCAGCAGAGAAGUGUCUUCUUGCGAAGGCCUAUCGCCUCAGUCAGCAUCCUCAUGGCAGUCCAUUCGCACAGACGAGUACAGUCAUGCAUCUCCUGGCUUUACCAGUGCCCCAAGAGAUGCACCAACUAGCCUCUUUGGUAUAAAGGAUAUGGCUCUCUUCUAUCACUGGAUCACUGUUGCAGGACACAGCAUCGUCGACACACAUGACAUUAAUCACUUCUGGCACUCGGUCAUACCAUCACUCGGUUUCAAACACCCGUAUGUGAUGCACAACAUCCUCAGUCUAUCAGCCCUGCACAAAGCUCAUAUGAACCCUCUUGAAAGCGGUGACUUUGUGCGCGUUGCAGCAGAACACCGGAGCAAAGCGCUUGAUGGAUUCAUCGAAGAUCUCCAUGAUGUUGGACCCCACAACAGCAGCGCCUUGUUUGCUAACGCAACACUGACGUUCUUUCACGCGUUCGUCUCGUUCAGCAAGACAGUCGACGAUGCGCACACCGACGCAAAAGUUCGAACAGCUCGAAUACUUGGUGUUGAAUGGGUACCGUUGCUCCGCGGCACUGCCAUCGUACUUGAGCCUGUUUAUGACCAUGUCCGGGAAGGACCGCUCAAAUCGUUUCUCGAUCUUUACCAUUAUGACCACGACCGGACAGAGCAUGGUCAGGCCAGCGACUACGGCGUACAACUCAUGAAGAUUCAGAGCCUCUGGUCCACAGAUGAAUACGCCGAUACAUACAACGAGACACUACAGCUUCUUCUAAGGUGUAGCACAUGGAUGGAGAAAUUUCGGAACAUGGAAAACGACGUGAUGGCAGAUUGUGGUUAUAACAGACUUUGUUCAGGACCAUUCAUUUGGAUCUUUAGUGCACCCGAGAAGUACAUCAACUUGCAACAACAGCGACAACCACCCGCUCUAAUCAUUUUCGCGUACUACGGGGUCUUGUUACAUCAGUUGAAUAGCUACUGGUGGGCGGAAGAUUGUGGACGGAGCAUCAUCAGUGCUGUUGAUGCAUGUUUGGGACCGUAUUGGAGUUCUUGGGUUGAAUGGCCAAAGCAAGUCGCAGGAUUAUGAGCGUAUUACUGUAAAGAGCCUUUGAAAUAGGUCUGUGGUCUAUUAUGGACGACUGGAU